CACUCAAGCCGCUCGAUGACCGACUGCCUCGUCACUGACGGCGGCGCGACGGCCGGAUACUUGCGGGUCGGGCGCCACGACUUUGCGCUCUACAUCUCGCCUCCCGGUGGCGCCGGCGGCGCCCGCCUGCACGGGUGCCCGCGGCUGCACACGGCGCUCGCUGGGCACGAAGUGGCGGUGUUGCGGCGUCUGCAGCACGCCACGUCGGUAGGAGGCUUUGUGGGAGAGCUGCGCGAGGUGCUCGAGCGGCAGCUCGCCGCCGACGCGCUGGCCGGCUCGCUGACGCCCGCGCUGCCGCCCGCCGCCUUUUACGAGCAGCUGAUCGCAGAGGUGGACGGGAUCGGGUGGGCGUCGCUCUGCGGCCUCUCGCCGUCGCUUGACGAGCUGCAGCUGACGAUCGACGACACCGCGCGCCGCGCGCACGUGCUCACUCUCUCGCUGCCGCCCGACUACCCUGCCCGCUCACCCGUCGCUCGCGCCGCGCUGCCCGCGCCGUUCGAGCUGCGGUGGGCGCCCGGGGAGAGGCCGUCGCUCGCGGCGGCGGCGGCGCAGUUCCGCGGCGCGCUGGCGGCCCACCAGUCGCUGUGGGACGAGCUGGACGACCUCGAUCGCGAGGCGUGGGUGCUCGAGCCAAAGCACCCGACGAGAGACGUCUGCCACCGCCGGCUCGCACUCGGCGGCCACUGCUCGCUGCUGGUGACGCUCCACCCGACCGCCCCCUCGUCCCUGCCCGAGCUGCGCUUCCUCGGCGCGGAGCGCUCCAUCGCGCCGCUGCGCCGCGCCCUCAACUCGCGCCUCGCCGAGUGGCGGCCCGAGCGGCGCGUGCGGCUCAACCUGCAGGCGCUACUUGGGCUGGCCCUGCCGUCGCCCGUCGCGGCGGACGCGGCGGACGCGGCCGACUACUCGGUCGAGUGCGCCAUCUGCUACGAGUACCUCCUCGACGGCGAGCCGCCCAACGUCGCGUGCGACGGCUGCGCCAAGCCCUUCCACCAGGCGUGCCUUGCCGAGUGGCUGCAGGCGCUGCCCUCGACGCAGCAGUCCUUCAACCGCCUCUUUGGUGAGUGCGUGUACUGCUCCAAGCCAAUCUCGAUUGAGGCGGUGCGAUGAGCGGGGGACCUGCGUUGCCUUGCGUUGGUUUUGUGUUGCAUGUGUAUGGUGACGGGCUCGGGGGCAAUCGAGCACGAUAAACUCAUAUUUUUC